GGCAACUUUCGCUAAAUUUGAAACGACAUACACAUUGUACGUCCAACACAACCUGCAGGAUUGCCAUGCAAAGUUCUGUUGUCUACUGACAGUGAAAGAUCAGCUGUCCACAUUCUCAUUACACCUUGGCUCUAAAUCUUCAGUCAUAUUCCAGCUGCUUCCAGCUUUAUCAGAACGCGCCAUCAAGGGUCCAAGUGGACACAUUUGCACGCUGCGUCAACACUUCUGUCUUUGAGGGAAGCCAGCAUUCCUUGCCCUCGAACAAUGUUGCGAGCUCUCCGGCUGCUGCCGCUAGCUGAGGCGCACCUUUCCUCUCUUCAUAGGUGCCAGCUUUCAUACAUCAUUUAUGCACCAGCAUCAGCGACGUGUUUACUAUCUGCAUGUUCGUCAGCGAACACAACCACCUCUCAAAUCGCUGACAUCAUCGGUGCAUCAGCAGCCGUCUCCCGACGAGCGUUUGGCAGUCAGGCUGAAGUCUGGACUUGGGGUAAGGGAGAGGAGGGCCAGCUAGGGCAUGCCACUGAAAACCUGGAGAAGCAACCCAAGCGCGUCGACGUCCUACUUUACACCACCAGCUCAUCGGGUGCGGAAGACUCGUCCAAAGCAUCUUCUGGCUCCGCUAAUGUCACACCGUCCUCCUCCACUAGUGGCGCGUCCCAAACAAGGGGUGUGGAUUCAGGUUCUGAGCCAGGGGGGGGUAAUGAGAGGCAAGCGUUUGCGGGCCAAGUGUCGUGUGGACUGUUUCACUCUGCGGCGCUGCUCGAGGGCCUUCUCUUCACGUGGGGCAAGGGCCAAGGGGGCAGGCUGGGCAUAGGGGACGACCAGCCGAGGUACCAGCCGGCACGGGUCCCGCUUGAUGACGUCAGCGCCGUCGCCCUGGGAGGGCUGCAUUCAUUGGCUGUCACAGGUGAUGGCCGGGCCUGGAGUUGGGGCUUCGGCAUGUUUGGAGCGCUCGGGCAUGGGGACUAUACCAACGCAUACGAACCUACUCUGAUUCGGGGGCCUUGGGAAAACAAGGGCGAUCGAGUCGUGACAAUCUCUGGGGGUGGGGCACAUUCUGCGGCGGUCACAGCGGCUGGUGCUGUCUAUACUUGGGGUCGAGACGAGGGGGAGGGGCGGUUAGGUCUUGGAGGCGCGGGGGCUGCCGGGGGAUCCCCCACGCCGCUCCAGGUGCACGGAAUAGAGGGCCACGUGGUUGCUGCCGCUUGUGGAGGAUUCCAUACGCUGUGCCUGACUGAUGACGGAAGGGUUUGGAGCUUUGGUGCAAACGCGAACGGUGAACUAGGGCGGGAAAGCAGCAGUAAAGGAGGCCCGCAGCCGAUACGGGCUUUGGAGGGGCGGAGAAUACGGCACGUUGCCUGCGGGGGCUAUCACUCGGCCGCGGUCACGGAAGAUGGCGUCAUGCUGACGUGGGGCCACGGGGGCCACGCGCAGCUGGGGCACGGGGAGCUGCGCAGUGAGAGGACGCCGCGCGAGUUACAGAGGACGGGCGGGUAUUCACGUGGGGAAAGAACCGAGACUGGCAGCUUGGGCGGCCGCUCUCAUUAG